AUGGCUCCAGUUGCGAAAUUUGGCUCCGCUCUAGAGUCUUCCUCUUAUCAAAGUCCCGAUGGCGGUUCUGCUUACGCACCCCUUCGUAAGAAAACGAUCGAGCAAGCCAUCGCAAUGGGAUACAAUCCGGCAACCAUGGUUGAAUGUGGAGUGACUUGGGCCGAUGACCACGAUCCAUUCCAGCACGUGAAGAACGCAGCUUACGUGCAUUAUGUGAACCAAUGCGCAUUUCGCGAAUUCCAAUCAUUCGAACCGUAUUUGGGCAAAGAGAAAUUUCAGGAUAUGCUCAAGGUCCGUGGCGUCGGACCUGUUGUCAAGAACUAUACGGUUAAUUUCAAAAGGCCUGUGAAAUUCCCAGAUUCGCUUAUUGUCGCGAAUCAUAUCACUGAAGUUUUCCCAGAUCGUUACUUUGGUAUUACCUCCGUCUGGUCUUUGAACCAGCAAGUUAUUGUUGCGGAUUUCAAAAUAUGCAUAGUAUUUUUUGAUUAUGAUCGAGGUGUACCAGCGAAUCUUCUUGAAAUUGGUGGCGUGUACAAGGAUUUAUAUGAGGGUCUGAAGCAACGAUUAGAAAUGGAAGCGAAAAUAGCUUCAAUUUGGGAGAAGGAGCAUCCCAAGAGAACGAAAGCCGUGCUGUAA